AUGCAGAUGGCUAAGGCUUGUGCUGUUGCCGGGAGGCCAGCCAUCUUGGAGAGGAUUACCCAGUGGGAGAACGUUGUCAACACUCUCCGGGGAGCCAUUGCGGUGGCAACCUGGGACGACCCACAGGUGCUUCUACGAGAAAUGGAAGGCUGCAGACUCCCAUUGGCGAACAUUGUCGAGUCCAUGUUGGGCCAAGGCAAUUCGGAGGGAGCAUACGACACAAUGACUGAAGUGUUCCGCAACACCCCCGAUGGUUAUCUGGCGAUGUGCCCCUACCCGCCGGGAGGCGAGGUCGACCUGCUGAUUGUGUCGGAUUCAUCACUGGCAUUGGUGCCGGAUCCCAAUGCAGGCAAGACCUCCUGCUUCUCCGGAGGCGACCUCCUCAAGCCUUGGGGAGACGUUCGAGGCAUUUACACAAAAAUGCUAUGGGGCAAAGGCUUGAACAACAUCGUCCAGUACAUCCCCGAGGCCAUCGAUGACAUCGAAGCCAACAACCGGACCCACGGGCGCCCAGUGUUGCCUGUGCUGGUCAUCAUCGGCUGGGCUGGAAAUGACGUCUAUGGUGAGGGAGGCUAUCGUGGCGUCCAUUGGAUCCACAGGGCUGCGUACAACAAAUCUGCUGCCGACCGGGAGGUCACGGCCAACUGGUGUGAGCGGCAAAAGGCCCGAGUUGAAAGGUCUGUGAACGACUUGGGUCGACUCAAACGUGAAGAGCCAAGGAUCCUGGACAUUGUGGUUGUGGGCAACGCUGAUGCAGACCUGUUUGCGCUGCCAUCAGCCUACAAUGACACGAUGAAAGACCACAUUCGAUCUCUACGCGAGGAUCAUGCCAUCCAGACGCUCGACACAACCAUCAUGCUGGCCCGCACUGUCAGAUAUGACAAGAUCCAUCUUGAAGACGAUCCGCUCAACAGAAAGUAUGUUACCAACUUUCUGACAGCGGUGGCGGAUUGCCACUUGUCCUAUCUGAAGCUCAUCAGCGUCGACGAUCAUUUGAGAGCUCUUCCUCGGAUUGACGACUUGCAAGAGCAGAAAGAUUACCCGAACUUGCAAGCCUUGAGAGUCGCAUAUCAGAUGUGGAUCGACUCGAACGUCUCGUCGCCCCAAGAUCUUCCUCCACGUCCUGAUAUGGAAAAGGUGAUGCUCGAGGCCGACGUGGAGAUCUUCAACUGGGUUCUUCAAGCUGAAGAAAACGCCACAUCUACUGCCAACCGGGAGGUUGAGUCUUGGAUCAGGGAAAUCGCAGAAGAGGACCAGGCUAUCGAACCUGUCCAUCAAGACAAUGCGGAUUCUGAUGACGAGAUUGUCAAGAUCAAGGCUCUGACCAUGGAAGACCGGAUUGCAGCUCGACACCAAGGACUUUCCGAAGAACCAGAUCAGGAGUGGCAGGAUGUAACUUAUGGGGCAGACGAUCAGGAGGAGGAAUUCACCGGGUGGGAUUUGAUUGAAGAUGACAAACGCCCGCCGGGAGUCGUGGCCAGUGACCCAUUGCCUGAGGUUGAGGAGGAGCUGGACAUCGAUGACCUGGAAACGGUGGCCUCCUUGGAGAUUGUCGAGGAAGAGGAAUUUCAUGACGUUGACGAGGGCCAGGCUGAGGGCAUCGACGAUGAUGACGACGACGACAUGGCUGUGAUCAGCAAAGUCUCCUCCAUGCAGGGCAGCAAGUCCGAUGCACGGGGGGACCCGGAGCCUAUGGAUGUCGAUGAGCAGGGCAACAAGAUGGCUCAGAGCACGUCGUCCGUCAAGACUUGGAGAACUGACACAUCAGCAGCGUCGGCGGGAGCCACGCCUCCUGACCCGUCCAGCAAGCUCAAGCCGAAGACCAAGCCGGCAAAGAAGGCCAUGCCGAAGAGACUCAAGGUCGUCGAUGAAGGGCAUGGUCCGAGCGCUGAGCAGUUCGACACAUCCAAGUUCACGUCGGCCCAGGAUUUGUUUUGGAUCGAGCCCGACAACAUGGCUGGCGUUCCUGUGAGGAAGGUGGACUACGGCAGGUUGGGCUCCAUUUCACAUGCGAUGUCCGAUUAUCUCCGUGGCCACAGGAUGUUCCACAGGAGGCCUUCGCCAGAGAUUCGUCGCACUGAUUUGUCUAUGGACUUUAAGGCACUGGUUCGACAUCUCCAAGGUGACUUUGUGCAUUUGCGUGAAGAAGAGGUGCUCAUGGUGGUGCGAAAUUCGCCCAUGCGCCGCUUUCGAAUCCAGGUCAAUGGCAUGUCCUCAGGCAAACUCAGAUGGACACCCAUCAGGAUCAGGGCAAUCCAGGGACAUCGGGCCUUUUUGGUGGAGCAAGGGGGCAUGGCAUCCAUGAUCAAGACCAUGUACACCUUCGAUGAGGACUUCGACCAGAUGAAGGUUGAUGAUCCCUCGGUGCACCCCGCUUUCUCCGCGAUGCCGGAAGGCUCGCCCAUCUGGGACAAGUUCCCUCGUGUGAUUUACCACACGUGCGAUCAAGCUGCCUUCAACUCCAUCCUGAAGCACGGCUUGAUCCCGGGCGGCUUUCCCUACAAAACGGGCCGAGCGCACAACUUUUUCAAUUCCACUCCCCCAUGGAAGGCGGAGAUGAAAAAGUUGCAAGGAACGCGGGCCGGGAGGCCGAUCGCCAUCGCUUUCGAUAUGGAGCUCAUGAUGCAGAUGGGCUUCAAAUUGUUCGCGACUGAUGAAGCGAUCUUGUCGCCCGACUGGAUUUCCAACCUUGCCCUGAUCAACGCCUAUGAUAUGAGGUCGGGAGAAUUCUUCUACAUCAAUCGAGCGUAUGUGAACCAUCGCAAGUCGUAUCAGGCGGUUCUGAAGGAAGCCAAGGAGCACUUCGACCCCAACGACAAGCUGCUGAGCAGGAUGGACAUGCACAUGGAUGAUGCUCUGAGGAAUUUUGAAGGCAUCAAAGCCCGCAUUGAGUUUGGCAAGCUCCUGCCCUUUUCCAGGCGCGAAAAUCUUGAUGUUGAAAAGAGCACCGCCACCCGGGAGGGUGAGCCUGCAUCCGGUUCACAACUUGUGCAAGGCUACACCGUCGCAAAGAUGGCUGCUCUCACGAGCACUGAUGCUUGUGGAUUUCAGCGCCGUGGAAGAAAUGCCCAGGGGGGAGGAAACUGGAACAAGGGGCAAGGACGAUACGGUUUUGACCUGCAGUUCAAGGACAUCUCCUACUGCCAGAUCCAGGACACUCCACAAGUUCAAUGCCGGCACCCUAUCUGCGGCUACCUCAUGAUUGAUGGUCAUCUCAAGUGCCCACAGUGUUUCCGACAAAUGGAGCCUGUCACAGAUGCCAACAUCGCUACUGAGGUUGCCCGUCGGGAGGAACCUGAAGGAGGGUCUUCUUCAUCAUCGGCAGUUCGGACCAGAAGCACGUAUGGAAACUUGCGAGACAUGGCACGCAACUAUGUCAGAUCUUUCAAGAAACGUGGCUUCAAGACGCUGGUCGACAGAUUGUGUCGAGACCCAUUCUUUCAGUUCAAUGCGGCGAACCAAAAUUUGGUGCCCGAAGCCCUCCAAUUCAUCGAACGGCUGGCUGGCUGUGUGAGCCCGACCAUUGAGCGCACCAAGGCCCAGGUCCUGGGAGAAAAGCUGGAGAUGGCCACCAAGCUCAUCUUUGUGCCUUCGUCAGAGCGGGAGCCUGACCAACCUUUGGAUCUUCAUACCGAAGUGUUUGUGUCGCAUCGAGGCGUCUUUCUCGACAUUGGCCAAUUCGCAGUCUAUGUGGCGAAGUUCAUCAAGCCGAAGCAAAGACCCCUUCCGAUUGUUUACGGGUGGGGGAAUCGUGACUUCGUGCCAGAUGCUUCGGACUCAAAGGGCAUUGCGAAGGAAUUGGUGGCAUUCAGCAAGUCGCAGUGGUCGGACUUUGCAUCCCAGCAGACCCACAAAGAGGCUGGAACCACUGGCGACGACCGGGAGGUCAGUCUACCCCAUGCAACCGCAUCGGUUAGUCUGCCCGAACACCAAAGACCUCAUCAUGAGCAGUUCGAGCCCAACCUUGGCAAGCCUGCUCGUGGUGGUCCUUACGGUCAAAGCCAUGGAGGAAAAGGUCAAUCCAAAGGAGGCGGAUAUCAGCAGGCGAAGGGCCAGCAGAAGGGGAAGGGCAAGCAAGGCAGAAGCCCACCGGGAGGUGUGGCCUAUGGUGACUUUGAGGGGCGCUCCUAUUGGGUUCAGGGCUACCGCUACACAUGGUACUGGAACCAACAGCGUGGCUGGUACUGGCGCUGGACCUGA